AUGAGUACUAUUAAGGUGGCCCGAAUUCGCCCGACAUUCCGUAUGCCCUAUACUCAUUACGCUAUGAUCUACCUCGAUAACGAGGGCAAUCUCAAGGCAUUCAUCAAGUUCAUCGAGCCUCGCAAGCAGGCUCGCUACCCCUACAAUGGAGGCAAGCCUCCACCAGGCUCUGCCCCGGGUACAACUGGCCGCAUGGAGCUUCUGCUUCACAUGAUCCGCAAGCUUGGUAGCCACAACAUCACCACCGAUAAACUGAUGGAAGCUGCGGGUGACACUAGGAGUAGUCUGGAAUACUCCUCCCAUAUCAAGAUUAUCUAUGAGAUCCUUCGUGUGCGCAGGAUGGAGGAGCGCUUUGAGCGUGAGAAAGUUGUGUCGGUGCUGCCCUGUGGCGGUGUAAACCUCCCCUCCACAAGCCCUCAGUCCGAUGUCGCAACCGAGGAGAUUGCGUCGAUAGGUCACGCUCAUGUUCGCCGGCCAUGA